UCCUUUUGCUGAUAGGCUGAGUUUGUAUUUUCAAACGGGUUGCCGGAGAGAGCGCUUCCCCUUCCUGCUCUAUCUACAGUAUUAACACAGGAGGGAACAAGAGCUGCAACCACCACUGCCGCCUGGAGCAGGGAGAUCCACAGUUUGUUUAAUAUUCUGACUCUCAACAUUCAAGAUGUCAGCCCGAAGUGGAAAGAAGAAGAUGACCAAGUUAUCACGCUCAGCCAGAGCAGGGGUAAUAUUUCCCGUUGGUAGGAUGAUGCGAUAUCUGCGGAAAGCGACCUUCAAAUAUCGUAUUGGAAUGGGAGCACCUGUUUACUUGGCGGCAGUCAUAGAGUAUCUAGCAGCUGAAAUCCUGGAACUCGCUGGAAAUGCAGCAAGAGAUAACAAGAAGAGCAGAAUAACUCCAAGGCAUAUCCUGUUGGCAGUAGCAAAUGAUGAAGAACUAAAUCAACUGCUAAGAGGAGUAACAAUUGCAAGUGGUGGUGUGCUGCCUAGAAUUCAUCCUGAACUUUUGGCAAAGAAACGUGGUUCCAGAAGUAAAGCAGAAACCAUUCUUUCUACACCAUCAGAAAAGAAAGCAAAAAAGGCAAAGACUUCUCCCGUCAAAAAAUCUAUCAAGAAAUCAUCCAUGAAAAAAGCUCCAAAAUCCAAGUCAGUCAGAAAAGGUAAACGGGCAGAAAAUAAGGAAGGAGCAUCCAGUUCCACAUCAGAUGAUGUACCUGGUGAAGGAUUCACAAUUCUUUCCACAAAAAGCCUUUUCCUGGGGCAGAAGCUGUCUUUGACUCAGAGUGAAAUCAGCAACAUUGGUUCAAUUAAAGUUGAAUGCAUCAUUAACCCAACAAAUGCUGAAAUAGAUCUGAAAGAGGACGUAGGUAAUGCUUUGGAGAAAAUGGGUGGAAAGGAGUUUGUGGAUACUGUGAAAGAGCUGCGGAAAUCUAACGGACCUUUGGAAGUAACUGGGGCUGUUUUGGGUCUGGCCCCUGGACUGCCAGCGAAGUUUGUAAUUCACUGCAACAUCCCACAGUGGGGAGUGGAUAAAUGUGAAGAGCAACUGGAAAAAACUGUGAAGAAUUGCCUGACCUUGGCAGAUGAGAAGAAACUUAAAUCAAUCGCUUUCCCAUCCAUCGCCAGUAGCAGGACCAGCUCUCGAGCUUCAGGUCGGUCUGCAAACCAAUCAAGAAAUUGUUUCCCAAAGCAUAUUGCAGCACAGCUCAUCCUCAAGGCCAUCUCCAAUUAUUUUGUUAACACAACGGCAUCAUCGCUGAAGAACAUAUUUUUUGUCUUAUUCGACAGUGAAAGCAUCGGUAUCUAUGUGCAGGAAAUGGCAAGACUUGACACAAAGUAAUGUGUUUUUAUCUUCUUUUUUAAAGAAAUGGAAAGCUGGAGAUUUUAACAGCUUUUUGUCUGAAAAUACGUGUGUGCGCGUGUGGGUGGGUGUGUGUGCGCGUGUGUGUGUAUGUUUCUCAAAUAAAUGAGAAGGUGCAAAGUAUGAGCUCUGUUAUCAAAAACUUACUCUGAAAUUUGAAGUCUGAACUUUGGUUACAUUUUUUAUAGUACUCCUAAGCAGGCAAAAUUUUUGAAAAUUACUUUGGUGUGGAGAGGCAAACAAAAAAAAUCAGAAAACAACCUUGAUACUGUGCAUCUUUUACUUUUUUUGGUGAUUUCACAGAUACUUAGAACUUUUCAAAAAAAAUUGUGGAAGAUAUUGUUUUAUGACUCCAUGUAAAUGUUGUUUUAAGUAUCUUUUUUUUAUUGCUAAGCUAAUGCAUUGGUUUCACAUUCCAGUGUGUAAAGGAACAAAUGAAGCAGCAGUUUGGCUGCAUUAUGUCUCUGUAUCCGUUUGCUGUAGUUUGAUAGUGUGGCUUUUUAAAAAAAAUAAAAACGAAAAAAAAUUGUAUCGGGAUUCUGAUAUUAGCUAGAAAGGUGGUCCAUGAUAAGGAAAUAUGUAGCAAUUCUGACAAUGAAGUACUUUUUUGAAGUAGAAAAUGGCAGUUAAGCUGCUUGUAACUACAGCUGACUUGUUUUUAAGGGAUGUGUUUUGCAGGAUGCAUCUAUUUAACAUUGGUUUGGUGUACGAUCAAGUGUAUUUACUAACCCUGAGCAUGAAGAUGGUGACCGUUGACUUCCUUCAAAAAAAAGUAUUGUGGUUUUUCUUAGUACUGUACAGUCAAACAAUGCUAGAGAAGAAGAAUGAUCCAUCUUUCAGCUGUGAAACAGUUCUUGACCAUUAUAGGUUAAAAGAAAACAAUGGCACAAGACUUUUUUUUUUGUCAUGUCUAGUGAAGCAAAUAUUUCAGCCAGAUGUAUUAUGUGUCUAUCUUAAAUUCUAAAGUACAGUGUUUGUUUUAUAUUUGUGUGCACCAGAUUGACUGAAAUUUUCAGCAUUCUUGGGGAGAGCACCUUUUAAUCACAUAAAAUGUAUGAUUAAAACAAUAUACUCUGA